GGUCUCCAUAUGACAAAUGGCACCCUAUUCCCUAUUUAGUACACUACGUUUGAUCAGAUCCUUAUAGGCCCUGAUCAAAAGUAGUUCACUACAUAGGGAAUAGGGUGCUAUCUGGGAUGCAAGCAUGGUGUAGAUUUUCCACAGGAAGUUGACUGUCCAGACAGACUCACACACCAUAUUCCGAUCUAUUCCUGAUUAGUGUAAAAUACAUGCAUAUUCUACACAGUGAUGAUGAGGAUGAUUUCCUUAUUUUGCCAUUUGAGUUAAUCAACCUCAGAGGAGAAGUAGAGUGUUUGUUUCUCAAUCCCACGCUUGACAGGAACCUCCGAUGUUUAUGCUGGGCAGGAGCAAAAAUGGGCUCCCGAUUGAAAGACUCUGGUCUACUUUAGAGGUCUAGCACUGUAUUUCUGUUCAGGUGUACCACUGGUCUACUCUAGGACAUUGAUUAUAUUAAGAGUGAAUAUCUAUUCAUGCGUACCACAGUCACCACCAUGCUAUGGAGGUCCUGGUUCAGUCUCUGCUGGAUCUAGACGUGAGGGACAGCCAGGGGCGCACCCCUCUGGACCUGGCUGCCUUAAAAAGCCUUGUGGAGUGUGUUGACGUCCUCAUCAACCAGGAAGCCUCCAUCCUGGUUAAAGACUUCACUCUGAAGAGGACCCCCAUCCACGCUGCAGCAACCAACGGACAUUCGGAGUGUUUGCGUUUGCUGAUUGGAAAUGCUGACAUCCAGAGUACAGUGGACAUUCAAGACGGAAUAGUCACUUGGGUUUUGGAUACAAUUCCUGAAAUAAAGAGAUUUUGAAACUGGGGCUGCAUCCAAAAUGGCAACCUGUACCCUACUUGGUACAGUACUUUAAACCAAAGUCCUAUGGGCUCAGGUCAAGAGUAGUGUACCAUAUAGGGAAUAGGUUGCCAUUUGGGACUCAGCCUGGUUACUACCAGUUUGUAAUAUGACCUGUUGUCUUGUGUAUCAGAACCCCUCUGAUGCUGUCGGUGCUGAGCGGACACAGACUGUGUGUACUCCCUGUUCAACAAGGGAGCAAGCGUAGAAGCCAAAGACAAAUGGCACAGAACAGCUCUACACAGAAGGGUUGUGAGGAGAGUUGGCUGCGGUGACUUUUCACGAGGAGUGCAGCACAGUGCCAGCUUCCUGGUUCGGGAAGGUAAGGGGCGGAGCCAUGUCCACCUGGUGGCGGCGUCCGGACACAUCGGGAUACUGGGGUGGCUCCUACACACCGCCCAGUCAGUGUGGACCCUCCCCGUCAUCACAGACAACCAGGGCUACACGCCACUACACUUGGCCUGCUACAACGGAGGUUCGUCAUAUGAAGGACAUUCAAGUGGAUGUGACCCCUAACCUGCAAUAGGGGCUCAGUGAGGUGACAGACAUCCUGUAAUGGAUCUCCAGCUAGUGUCUGAGGACCUGGAGAAGGCUGUGUCUACAGCUGUGGGGCAGGACAAGCAUGGGACAGACAUCCUGAACGAAUCUGAUGUCAGAGCUCCCAUCAGCCCUCUACACCUCGCUGCGGUGACUUUUCACGAGGAGUGCAGCACAGUGCCAGCUUCCUGGUUCGGGAAGGUAAGGGGCGGAGCCAUGUCCACCUGGUGGCGGCGUCCGGACACAUCGGGAUACUGGGGUGGCUCCUACACACCGCCCAGUCAGUGUGGACCCUCCCCGUCAUCACAGACAACCAGGGCUACACGCCACUACACUUGGCCUGCUACAACGGAGUCAGAGGUCAGUGGGAAUGACCUCACCCUCAUAGACCUGGGUGACCCCAUCAUUGACGGUGAUGUUAUGAAGGAAGACAGAGAGGUUGAGAGACAGACCAAGUUGGAAGAGGCUGUUCUAGAGACAGAUAUCCCAACUCUGUCACUAGAGGCUGAUGGAGAGAUUGAGAUGCAGGAGGCUGAUCUGAAGACAGAUGGCACAUCUCAGUCACAGGAGGUUGAAGGAGAGAGUGAGUUGGACGAGGCCAUUGUCAUCCCAUCUCAGUCACAGGAGGAGGCCAAAGGAGAGAGUGAGUUGAAUCAGGUUGAUCUGAAGACAUCCACAUCAACUCUGACACUGGAGGUCGAAGGAGAGAGUGAGUUGAAUCAGGUUGAUCUGAAGACAUCCACAUUAACUCUGACACUGGAGGUCGAAGGAGAGAGUGAUUUGAAUCAGGUUGAUCUGAAGACAUCCACAUCAACUCUGACACUGGAGGUCGAAGGAGAGAGUGUGAUGCAGGAGAGUGAUGAUGUAGAAACAGCCGGGCCAUCUCAAUCCCAGGAGACUGAACGAGUGGCAAAGGCUGCAGUGGUGACCUUCACUACCAUGACCCGCAAGGCUGCAGCCUCCCAGACCAGCCUCAGCAGGGGAAAGAGAAGCUACCCAGACCUACACACCUUUGUGCAGGACAUGAAGGAUGGCCAUUGGAAUCUGCUGAGUGAGAAUAUGCGUUCCGGGAUGAGCAGAGAUGAGUUUAGUGCUAGGUGCAUGGAUAUUACAAAUUGGGUAAUGGAGUCUACAUCCACUGUGGUCGUUCCCGCCCUUGACCUCACCAUGCAGAUCAGGCUCUCUGAUUCGUCAAGCUCUUCUGGAUCAGGAAGCAAUGUGGCUAGAGAAGUGACCUCUCUUGGCCGCAGCGUCAGAUUCAGCUUUCGUGGUGGACCCAGUAGACGCACCAGUUCAAGAACUACUUGCAGCACACAAACUCCCACGCCUAGUUUAGUGCUAGGUGCAUGGAUAUUACAAAUUGUCUCCUGGGAUUGA